AAAACUUAGCCAGCACAUAAAUUGUAAAUAAACGAUACGCGAUUUCUUUGAAUUUGACGAGCCAGUGAAUGCAUCCGUUCACAAAAGGUGGAACAACAUGACGUCAGGUAUUCAAGUUUCUAUGGAGUGCAAUGACAUUUUCGAGCAGAUACACAAAUUCAAGCAGCAUCGCUAUGUGAUCCUUGCCAUAAAAGAGGAGAGUGAGAUCAGCAUUGAGAUUGUGGGUCGGCGUGAUGCUGGCUAUGAUGAUUUUCUAGUUGAUUUACGGAAGGGGGGACCGGAACAGUGCCGCUAUGCUGUCUAUGACUAUGCGUACCAUCAUCAGUGCCAGGGCACCUCGUCCACUUCCUUAAAGGAGAGGAUCUUUAUGAUGCUCUGGUGCCCAAUGCAAGCCAAGAUUAAGGACAAGAUGCUCUACUCGACCUCAUUUGCUGCACUUAAACAGCAGCUGAUUGGCGUGCAUAAAUAUAUACAGGCUACCGAAUUGGACGAAGCAAGUCGCGAGUGUGUCGAGAAGCAGCUUCGCGUUCUUGACCGCAAUUGAGUGAAAACUCCAACGAUUACAACUUCAAGAGCAACCGAAAUUCAAAUGCAUUAAAUGUAACUAUCCUUAAUUGUAUUAUUUAUCUGUGUUACCUAUAAAGUUUGCAACCUAA